AAAUAUGACGUUUCCAUCCCUAGAUCAAAAUGGUCUAUGUUUCUGUCUUGCUGUAGUUAACCUAACUUUUUAUCCAAAUGUUAAACAACAACAAGGUUUGCUUUUUUGCGGUUCUAAAGUGAUAUUAUUCAUGAAAUAAUCGUAUAUCGAUCUCAACAAGAUGAUCAUUCCUAUAUUCAGAUUGUCUCAAACUGCCGACACAGUUACAAUUCAGAUAACAGCCAAAUACAUCAAAUUGAAGGACUUGGAAUUCAUUGUUGAACAUGAACAAAUAUACUUCUAUUGCAAGCCCUAUCAUUUGAAUUUGCAUCUACCUGCAUCUUUAGAAAGUGAAAUAUUGAGUUCCAAAUAUGAUGUGGAUACUGGAGUUCUCACAUUUGUUAUGAAAAAAACAUUACCAGGAGAAGAGUUCAAAAAUUUGGAAAUCAUCACUAGAUUGUUGGGUCCGGCUGAGGAAAAGAAAAAAGGGGACAAAGUAUUAAUAUUGGAUCAUGAAAGCAAUGUCUUAUGGGAAGACACUCCAGAAACUUCAUUUAAAUAUGGGUUUGCUAUGAAAGGUUUAUAUGAUUUUCAUCGAGUUAUUGAUGAAUAUAGUGAUGUUAUUAAAGUGGAUCCACGAAAAAUAGAUAUAGAGGAACGGCUAAAGUUGAUGAGACUAGAGGAAUGCCAAAAAUUUAAUGUAGAACACUAUAUAGCAGAUUUUGUUGAAGAAGAGCCACUUAUUCAAGAACUUGUUGAACUUGAGUCUCCCUGGUACUCUGCAUCAAAAACUUCAUUGAAUUUCGAUGAUGCAGAACUGGAAGUUUUGAAAGAUCUACCAAAUAAAAACUAUAAUCUUUCAGAAGAGCAAAGACGAUAUGGUUACUACGGUCUUAUUGAUAUCUUAUUUGCUUUUUGUUAUGAUUGCCGAACCACACAUUUUGAAGGCAAUUCAGAAUCAGGGUGGACCAUUCUUGAGAUUGCUGCUUCACUGAGAUGGCUUGUAGGUUUCCAAGAUGCAAGAACUACUUUACUGAGUGCUUAUAGACGCAGUUUAACCUACCCAUUAUAUCGUAAUUUCAACUUGUGCAAUAAAGUAUUUGAGGAUCUAAAAACUAUCCUAGCCUUAGGUAAAGUUUGCAUUGUAAAAUGCUUAAUACAGAUUUACAAAAUAUUCCUUGGUGGAGAUCAGUGUCGUUACAUUUUGAAUGAUAUUUUCAUAAAAGAUUAUUUGGUGUUUGUUGGUAAAUGGAAUGAUGAUGAGUGGAAUAAUGUUGUCGAUGAAGUUUCGAAUGUAGCUAUUGAAAAACAAGAUUUAAAUAUGAGUCUAGGUGAAAUUGAAAAAGAUUUUUUGACGAAAAUGCUACAAAUGGAACAAUUAGAUUCUGAUGAUGAAUCUGCAGAUACUGAAGAACUUCCUGCAGAUUUAGUUAAACAAUUCAAAGAGAAAUUAUUAUUAUUUGAAAAGUGACCCGGAACAAAUGGACCUACCAAAUUUUCAAUAUCUUGAUCGCUGUCAUACAGCAAUGCUCAAUGUAACCUCACUAUGACCAAGAACAAAAAGCUACUUCAACAUUAAUCGACUAGUUAAUUUAGUUUCUACCAUAAAUGAAAUCUUAGCAAUGCUUAAUGAACACACAAUUAUGAGUUCAAGAUUUAAUUUGUAUAUUAUAUCUUUGUCUCUGAGUUUUUAAUAAAUUCUUUCAUUUAUUA